AUCAUGGUCGCCAUUGUUUUUCAAGUGGUCUGCAGCUUUCUGGUCUGGCUGUCUCUCUACCACGGCUUCUGGUUCCGGAACAAGCACCGCAGCCCAGAAUGGAGCUGCCGGCUGGUGACUCUGAUGCACGGGCUAAUUGCCACCUUCCUCUCUGGCUACAUAGUUCUUAUUGACGGACCCUGGCCCUUGACUCACACAGGCUACCCAAACACAACCCCCCAGGUCUGCCUGAUGAGCCUGUCGCUCGGAUACUUCAUCUUUGACCUUUGCUGGUGCAUUUCUUUCAAGAGCGAAGAUGACCUCAUGCUCUUCCACCACAUGUUGAGCAUCUCGGGCAUGGUCAUUGUGCUGGCCCUGGGCGAGUCUGCCACCGAAGUCAACGCCGUCACCUUCGUGAGUGAGAUCACCAACCCUCUGCUGCAGAUGCGAUGGUUCCUACGGGACAUGGGGCGCUACCACGGCUUUGUCGGGGAUGUGGUGGAUUCUCUGUUUGUGGUGCUCUUCCUGGGGCUACGGAUCAUUGGAGGAGCGUGGAUCAUGCACUCUGUGGUGACUUCACCCAGGACCAUCUGGAUGCUCAAAUGUGGAGUCCUAGUUAUGUACAUGGUGUCCUUGGGAUUUUUGCUGGAUAUCUACAAUUUUGCCAGGAGGAAAGUAGUGAAGAAAUAUCACAUACGGAGGAAUGAAGGAACUGAAGGAAAGAACCCCAAGGCCAAUGGACACCCGCCUGCAUGUUAACUUGACCAUCAAGUGGGACAUCACGCCCAACCUAGCAAUAAGCAAAUGGAGCCACAGACCUUCAGAGCUCAUUCCAGAAUAAGGUGUCUUCAAGCCCAGGCUACCAUCAGGCAUGGACUGAAUACUGGGCGGGUUUGCUUCUUGAAGAGAACUUGAGGAAAAGAAUGGCAAAGCCAUGGAGAAAAUAUUGAUUUCUCCAG